AUGUCUGUUGCUCCCCCUCCCCCUCCUGGGGUGUCGUUGUCCCUUGGAUCAAAUCCUGAAUCCCCACCACCAUUAAAUCCUCCUUUACCAUUAUAUUCAGGUGAACAUUUUUCUGGAUCAUGGCCUUUCUCUCCGAUGAAAAGGAAUAGCUUCUGGUUCUGGAAAAAGUGGACUUUCCCAGAUACAAAUGCACCCCUCCCUCCAUAA